AUGAAUAUUAGUGGUGGCGGCUCCUCACCUACCAACUCGCAUUUUCAAAUUCUAGUGACCUAUUUAUUACUCAAAUCAUCCUUUACAACGCAGCCGUUCACCUGGAGAGAGUUUUUGGAAGCAAGAAAUUCGGGUUGCCUUUCAGCCGGUUUCACACUACUGGCUAGCACUGUAGCCACUUACUUUAACGUCACGACUGCCUUCUCGGGUCCAGUGUCAGUCAUGUUUUGCAUCCUAUACUCUUAUUCUAGAGUGAUACCGUCGGCCUACCGAUAUCGAGUUUUCGGACUAUCGUUCACUGACAAGAGUCCUGUCUAUGGAGUUGCUCUCCUUGUCACAAUCAUUGGUAUCUUGUCAGGAGCUGCUUGCCGCUCUGACCUGUUCCCUUUCAAGGCUUAUCGAUUGCCCAACUGGAUUAUCAAAAUAGCAUCUGCGUUCAGACCUCUCAUUGGAGCUACUGAGCCUGGGUUCCGAAGCAUUUCAGCGCUACCUGAGAGAGGAGUCAAUAGCACAGAUCUUCAGGGCAGUACGGAUGAACCGCUGACCACGAACGUGCGAAUGGAAGAUACAGGAGGAGUGAACACCGAAAACAAUGCUGCACCGAACCGAAGUCCGACCCAAGAGGAGAUUUCUCAGUUAACGGCGAUGUUCCCGAAUGCCACCCGGGUACAGAUCCUGAACGCACUGACAUCAACGUACGUAUAUAGGCUCCCAGAUCUCGAUCCACUACGCCCGCUAACUUGGGUCAUCUAG